AUGGAUCACUCCCGCGAUCCCUGUCCCUGGGUCAUUCUCAAUGACUUCGGUGGUGCUUUUGCCAUGGGUGCUGUCGGUGGUGCAGUAUGGCACGGCGUGAAAGGCUUCCGUAACUCUCCCUACGGCGAACGACGCAUCGGCGCCAUCACAGCCAUCAAGGCGCGCGCACCAGUUCUUGGCGGUAACUUCGGUGUCUGGGGAGGACUAUUCAACACAUAUGACUGCGCAGUCAAAGGCCUACGAAAGAAAGAGGACCCAUGGAACGCCAUUAUCGCAGGAUUCUUUACCGGAGGUUCGCUCGCAGUACGAGGAGGCUACAAGUCGAUGCGCAAUGGCGCGAUAUCGUGCGCCAUUCUCCUGGCCGUUAUUGAAGGCGUGUCGAUUGGUUUCAACCGCAUGAUGGCCGACAACACCAAGCUCGAGGCUCCCCCGCCACCACCCACAGAUGCCGGCGCAUCACCAAGCGGCGGCCUUGCCCUGCCUGCGUAAAUCUUUCCUUCGACAUAAUGGCCCAAAAGUGGGAGUUCUAUAAUUUCAAGACGUUCAGCAUGGGUUCCGGAUGAGAGGAUGUUAUUUGGAUGGUUUGCAUUUACCGUGGGCCAGAUUUGGCAGCGGUCGGCGUUCGCACCCUCCUCAACUUCUGUGCUAUACCUUGUAUCAUAUACCGACAUGAUCUGUACAACUAGCGGCGGCGUCUCGAGAAGGAGACAUGAGCCCAUGGAAAGCUGUUCAAAACUUUCGCGUUCUUCUUUACGCUUUCAUGCGCUGAAAACCAGACCAAUUCAUUUUAUUUCGCCGCUUACAAUAUUAACUACG